CUUCGACUCUGCCGGAAGAAAAUGAGGCCCGUCUUUUGUGGAAACCUGGAUUUCGACGCUCGCCAAUCUGAUGUUGAGAGGCUUUUCAGAAGAUACGGGAAGGUUGAUAGAGUGGACAUGAAAUCUGGAUUACUUGGAAAGUUGGAAUGUCCAUGCUCUUCUUGGAUGGACGUGCUUCUCUGCAUUUCUUUUCUAGAAUGUGCCCCAGCUUCUCCUUCUUGUAUUUUUCCAGAAGAAAUAAUCUGAUCCGCCCUAGCCCUGCCAUUCUGCAUUCCCUCAGCAUUCAUUGCUUUUUCAUUCCUCAUGACUUUUGCUCAGUGUUCAAUUUCCGACAUGUUACAACAUAGAAACCAUGAUGAUUUCGCAACUGUGGCAGGAUUUGCUUUUGUCUACAUGGAAGACGAACGUGAUGCUGAGUAUGCAAUCAGAAGACUUGAUAGAACAGAAUUUGGUAGAAAGGGGCGCCGGAUUCGUGUUGAGUGGACUAAGCAAGAACGUGACAGUAGAAGGCCAGGUGAUUCAAGAAAAUCUUCAACAAAUACGAAACCAUCCAAGACUUUGUUUGUUAUAAAUUUUGAUCCAGUUCACACCAGGACAAGGGAUUUGGAGAGACACUUUGAUCCCUAUGGGAAAAUAUUGAAUAUAAGGAUCAGAAGGAAUUUUUCUUUUAUUCAGUAUGAAUCCCAGGAGGAUGCUACUAGAGCUUUGGAUGCAACUAACCUAAGCAAGUUUAUGGAUCGUGUUAUCACUGUGGAGUAUGCUAUAAGAGAUGAUGAUGACAGAAGGAAUGGAUAUAGUCCUGAUAGAAGAGGUAAUGACUCCCCUGAUGGAAGAUAUGGUCGUGGCAGAUCCCCAAGUCCAUAUCGUAGAGGUAGAGGUAGCCCAGAUUAUGGUCAUGGAUCAAAUCCAGCUUCCAGACCAGAACCAAGAGGAAGCCCCAAGUAUGAACGUGCUGAAAGCCCAAUAAAUGGGAGAUAUGACAGCCGGUCUCCCCCACCCCGAGAUAGGUCGCGAUCCUGAGGAGAAGCUGAAUAGAACUGUCUGAAAUUCUUGUUAGACCAUUUUCAUUUUAUUAUUAGCUUAUUUUAGUCCAUACUUUGGCGGCAAAAAACUCGAACUUGCUUAUUGUAUUUACUGUUACGUUCGGUUAGAACCUUAAUGCGCAAUGUGCAAAGAUAUUAUGUUAGAUAUUAAUGUGUUGCUCAAGUUUUAUGAUCUUUCUUCUU